AUGCCAUCCGCCGACGCAGCCCAGAGAUUUAAGCGUAUUGGUGUCGUGGGAGCCGGAAGUAUGGGCUCGAUGAUGGCCUUUGCGUUUUCCGAACUCGGCCUCGACGUCUCCGUAUGGGAUGUGGAAAAAGCGAAUGUUGACAAAGUCAUGGGCUGGACGAAGAAAGCCAAAACCAUGAAAGGCAAGAUCGAGGGAUUUUACUCGAUCGACGAAUUCACGAAGAGUCUCGAAGGUCACGGACCUGAGAAACUGUUUAUCUUUUCCGUCACACAUGGCCACCCCGCGGACUCUGUUCUGAAAAUGAUCAAGCCGGACUUGAAGAGGGGCGACAUUAUCCUCGACGGAGGCAAUGAGAAUUAUCGUCGGACGGAGCGCCGCCAGAGGGAGUGUGAAGAGAUUGGGGUGACCUGGAUUGGAAUGGGUGUCUCUGGUGGAUAUCAGUCGGCGCGACAUGGCCCGAGUCUGUCCCCCGGUGGAGAUGCGAAAGCCCUGGAGCUCAUCAUGCCGCUGCUAGAGGCCUAUUCCGCCAAAGAUCCCAAGACAGGGGCGCCGUGUGUUACCCGAAUCGGCCCAGGAGGCUCAGGCCAUUUUGUCAAGAUGGUCCAUAAUGGCAUUGAGGGCGGCAUGCUGUCUACACUUGCUGAAGCUUGGUCAUACAUGCACAUCGGCCUCGGCAUGGACUACGAGCAGAUCGGGGAUGUAUUUACCGAAUGGAAUUCAAAGGGCGAGCUUCGAAACAACUACCUGGUCAGCAUCGGCGCCGAUAUCAUGAAAACCAAAAGAACACCUGAGGGCGAUUGGCAUGGUGAAGGGGCCGGCAGAGAUGGGGGGUAUGUCUUGGAUGAUGUCCUCGACAAAGUGGUUCAAGACGAUGAUAACACCGAAGGAACACCCCUCUGGUCUGUCAUGGAAUCGGCUUCUCGACACGUCUCCACUCCGACUCUGACAGUCGCGCACUACCUGCGUAUUGCGAGUGGAAAUCGGGCUGAACGAGACCGCGCUGCCAAAAAGUUGCAGAUGCCCACUCCCCGGCUAAUGGAGAAUACUCGCGAUCGCGCGGCGGUCCUCGAAAAGCUGCGCAAAGCUGUGUACUGCUCCUUCCUGGCUUCUUUCUGCCAAGGCCUCGAGGUGAUUGCCCGAGCUUCAGAAGACGAAGGCUGGGGGAUCAAUAUGGGCAACUGUUUACAGAUUUGGCGCGCUGGUUGUAUCAUCCAGUCUGAAUAUAUCGCCGACAUACUUCAGCCCCCUUUGGCGACUAACAAGCACAUGAUGAAUAUGAAAUUCAUCGAUGAAGUGGCUCUUGAGCUGAAUAAUAACUUCUCAGCUUUGAAAUCGAUUGUUCUGGAGGGUAUCGUCUCCGAUCAGUAUAUGCCUGCACUCACAGCGACCCUCGAGUACCUCAAGUAUGAGGGUGGCAUGAAUCUGCCGACCAAGUUCAUGGAGGCUCAGAUGGAUUACUUUGGUGCGCAUAGCUAUAACAAGCCGGGCAUUCCGGGCGAAGACCCGGGCCCGGUUCGGAAGGGCCCUCAUCACUACGAGUGGAAGCCGGCAUGA